GAUACGCGGCGUGCCCCGGAAACGGUGGGGGGAGGUCCAGGGGGGCGGAGGCGGCGUUGCCGGGCUCUCCGGAAGGAGACGUGGCGGCGGUCGGGACCCCGUCUGCCUGGGAGCGUUAUAGUCCCGCCGCCUCCUUCUCUUCCUACUCCUCCUACUACUCCUCUCCUCUUUGGGCGGAGGAGGUUGUGGUGGCGGCUGGAGAAAGCGGCAGCGGAGGAUGGAGGAAGGAGGCGGCGGCGUGCGGCAUCUAGUCCCCGCUGGGCCGGUGUUACUGGUCCUCUGCGGCCUCCUGGAGGCGUCCGGCGGCGGCCGAGCGCUCCCUCCACUCAGCGAUGACAUCCCUUUCCGAGUCAACUGGCCCGGCACCGAGUUCUCUCUGCCCACAACUGGAGUUUUGUAUAAAGAAGAUAAUUACGUCAUCAUGACAACUGCACUUAAAGAAAAAUAUAAAUGCAUACUUCCCCUCGUGACAAGUGGGGAUGAGGAAGAAGAAAAGGAUUAUAAAGGUCCUAAUCCAAGAGAACUUUUGGAACCGCUAUUUAAACAAAGCAGUUGUUCCUACAGAAUUGAAUCUUAUUGGACUUAUGAAGUAUGUCAUGGAAAACACAUUCGGCAGUACCAUGAAGAGAAAGAAACUGGUCAGAAAAUCAAUAUUCACGAGUACUACCUUGGGAAUAUGUUGGCUAAGAACCUUCUAUUUGAAAAAGAUCGAGAAGCAGAAGAAAAGGAAAAAUCAAAUGAGAUUCCCACUAAAAAUAUCGAAGGUCAGAUGACACCAUACUAUCCUGUGGGAAUGGGAAAUGGUACACCUUGUAGUUUGAAACAGAACCGGCCCAGAUCAAGUACUGUGAUGUACAUAUGUCAUCCUGAAUCUAAGCAUGAAAUUCUUUCAGUAGCUGAAGUUACAACUUGUGAAUAUGAAGUUGUCAUUUUGACACCACUCUUGUGCAAUCAUCCUAAAUAUAGGUUCAGAGCAUCUCCUGUGAAUGACAUAUUUUGCCAAUCACUGCCAGGAUCGCCAUUUAAACCCCUCACCCUGAGGCAGUUGGAGCAGCAGGAAGAAAUACUAAGGGUGCCUUUUAGGAGAAGUAAAGAGGAAGAUUUGCAAUCAACUAAAGAAGAGAGAUUUCCAGCAAUCCACAAGCCCAUUACUGUUGGCUCUCAACCGAUGCUCACUGUUGGAACAACCCACAUAUCCAAAUUGACAGAUGACCAACUCAUAAAAGAGUUCCUUAGUGGUUCUUACUGCUUUCACGGGGGUGUUGGUUGGUGGAAAUAUGAAUUCUGCUAUGGCAAACACGUACAUCAAUACCAUGAGGACAAAGAUAGUGGGAAAACCUCUGUGGUUGUGGGGACAUGGAACCAAGAAGAGCAUAUUGAAUGGGCUAAGAAGAAUACUGCUAGAGCCUAUCAUCUUCAAGACGAUGGUACCCAGACAGUCAGGAUGGUGUCACAUUUUUAUGGAAAUGGAGAUAUUUGUGAUAUAACUGACAAACCAAGACAGGUGACUGUAAAACUAAAGUGUAAAGAAUCAGAUUCUCCUCAUGCUGUUACUGUAUAUAUGCUAGAGCCUCACUCCUGUCAGUAUAUUCUUGGGGUUGAAUCUCCAGUGAUCUGUAAAAUCUUAGAUACAGCAGAUGAAAAUGGACUUCUUUCUCUCCCCAACUAAAGGAUAUUAAAGUUGGAGGGAAGAAAAUAUUGAAAGUCAUGAUGAUUUCUGUCUAACCGUGUGUCUCAUUAUGAAGUUUUUAGCCAUUUGACCUCAUCCAAAGGAAUCGUAUAAAAGGACUUUCAACCACUUUGUGAAUAUAUAUGUGUAUAUAAGAGAUUAUUGAUAAACUUCUAAGGCAGACAUUUUGUCUCACUUUUUUCAUUUUUGUUGUCUUAUGAACAGAUUGUGUUUUUUCUUUGCUUGGAUAUGUGAUUCCAAAAUAAAUCUCAUCCAAGCACGUCAGAGUCCAACCUAAUCAAAUAUAAUUGUACCUAUUGAAAGUUUUUAAGUAAUAGAUUUAUUAUGUAAAUUGUGGUAUAUAUAACUAGCUAAUGAAGAAAAGAAUUGAUAGGAGAUUGUUUAAAUGAGAGACCAUGUAAAAUAUGUAAAUUCUAGUGCCUGAAAUCCUUUCAACAAAUUUUUAUAUAGUAACUACUCUCUACCAGGCAUUAAACUAGAAACUGGGCACAUAGUAGAGCCUUAACAUGUGAGUUUUCUUCACCUCUGUUAAUCUCAAGAAAUUCUUAUUUGUAAUAGGUUGCUUUUCUCUCAGAAGUUUUAUUUAUUUCUUUCUCCUUCUUAUGAGUGUGCUCACUCCCAGAGUAUGUAUCUGGUGUAGACCGUUGGUGAGUCUUCUCUGACUUAGAAUGAUUUACUCUAACAAACACACUGUGCUGGCUAUCCACUGUACUUGCCUACUGUAUGUACAGAUUUUUGUUCUGGACAGUUUACAGCACAAUAUUUAUUUUAAAGUGAAUAAAAUGUUCACAAGCAGUGUUGUCAUGUA